AUGGGUGCUACCGCCGUUAUCUGGUCUGUGGCGGGUGUCACCGCUGUAAUCACAACUCUGUGCAUGAUUACAGUAGGAUAUCUCAUUAACGACAUCAACACCUUUUAUGAUGAUGCCAUUGAAGAUCUCGCUUACUUCAAGGACGCAGCCAACUCUGCCUGGCACGAAAUGCGGCCGACACCAUACGAUGCGUUCCGCCAACCGCGCUCUGUACGUCAACCUCGUCAAUGGCCAGCGCACUGCAACUGUGGUCCACCAGCCUUGAACUGCCCACAAGGUCCACAAGGGCCACCCGGAUCUCCUGGACCGGAUGGAGAGCCUGGUUUGAAAGGUAAAGAUGGCAAGAGAGGAAACGAUGGCAUUGCCAUAUCUGGCGGUGGUGGAGCAGGCGGGUGCAUCAAGUGCCCGCCUGGACCUGCCGGACCACCCGGACCAGACGGACCACCAGGACCUCCUGGACCCGAUGGAACUCCAGGAUCAGGCGGAGGUGCCGGAGGACAAGGACCUCCUGGGCCUCCUGGACCCGCAGGAGAUGCAGGACCUGCAGGACCAGCUGGACCUGAAGGACCGAAAGGGCAGGAUGGAAUUUCUGGAAACAAGGUGGUUGGAGUGCAAGGUCCUCCAGGUCCACCUGGACCGGAAGGACCAGCUGGACCUCCUGGAACACAAGGCACCGGCACCGCUGGCGACCAGCCUGGACCACCAGGUCCGCCAGGUCGACCAGGAAAUCAAGGACCCCCAGGACCAGAUGGACCACCUGGAGGUUCCGGAGCUGCUGGAGGACCAGGAAGCGACGCUGCCUAUUGUCCUUGUCCUCCAAGAAGCAUUGCACUGGCGAGAUUAAGCAGAAAGAGUGAAGGAGUGAGCAGCUUCUUUGCCGGUGAUGAGCUGUACAGACGACGUUUCGCAAGAGGAGAACCGAAGCAAUGA